AGAACCAAAAAAAACGUUUGGCAACGAAAGCCAAGAAUCUCUCUUGCCGACGGUCACGCUCGCGAAUCUCUCAGGAUCAAUAGGGUUUUGCUUGUUUUUUUCCUUGAUUGCUUACUUCUGGAAACGCUCAGACUUCUACGGCUUAUGUAAUUUCGCUCCUUUGUAUUGGAUCAUCAGAGUUUUGGAUUAUCUUAGGGAAUGUAGAUUUUCUAAGAUUUCUCCUGAAUGUUUCGUUCUUGUUACUUGGUGGGAGGGAGUUUAUAUUGGCCUUACAAAAUAUACCUACCAUUGCACUUCUUUCGCCAUGACUGCGAAUUUAGAGGAACAAAAGAAAGGAAAGUAUAUUCUUAUCCGUGACCGUGAUGGUGAGGACUCUGAGUUAGGACUUUUCUAUAAGCCCCUUCCUUGCUUUGGUUGUGGAAUUGGAUGGUUCUCGUUUCUUCUUGGAUUUGUCUUCCCAUUAGCGUGGUACAUUGCAACGUUUCUAUACUUGAUCAACUAUUACCGUAGAGAUCCACGGGAAAGAUCUGGUCUUGCUGCCUCUGCUAUAGCUGCUUUGAUAUUCUCUGUUGCACUUGUGAUCACCGUGCUUGUGCUUGUUUUCUCUGGUCGCUAGAGCCUUUUCACGCUUUGCACAUUCUUUCUGAGCUUCAAAGGAAAACAACUUCAAGUCUGUUUCCACAACAAGUAAAAAUAUUCAAUUUGAUGAAGAGUAUCAGUUUUGAAGAGAAGGUUCUGCUAGUUCUUUUUAGCAUCAAACUUUGGUUUGCUUUGUACAUAAGUUUAUACUUUUAAACAAUGGAAAUGAAAUAUUUAGCUCUUGGAGAUCUAUGUAGUUUCAGGCUUGUUUGUUGUUCGCGUUGGAACCUUUAAGCCAGGGUUAUGUCUGGCGCUUAUCUUCCUUCUUCAAAGUCUUUUCUUUCUUUCUUAUUGUACCUUAAGAAACAUAGAAAAGAAUGGAACAAAGUAAAGAAGCUUUGCCUCUA